AGGCACACGCCGACUCCGCCUCGCUGGCCGACUCCGCCUCGCCCGCUCCGGUCGCUCGUAGCGGAAAACCGCACCGCGACCGCGAGCCGAGCGCCGGUGCGGCGUCCUCCAGUAGCCAAGCCACGCGGACGCGGCCUUGGCUGGCUUCUCCUCGCGAUAAAACGGAUGCUCGCUGCUGAGCCGGAUGGCCGCCCACUCGCUCUCCUCGCUCCCCAUCACGCGCUCGCCGCUCGCACGCCGCGGUCUCCCGGACUCCCCGGCGUCCCGAGGCCUCUGCUCCUCGCGCACGCGGCCCCUCGGCCUCCGUGGCCGCUCCCGCCGCGCGCUCCUCGGAGCAGGAGGCGGAGGGAGAAGACAGAGAGGUGGAUUGGGCUGCAGAGCCAUGUCAAGUUCCACGAAUUCAACAGUGGCCACGGAGCUGGCAGUGGCUGAGAGGAGUGGGAAUGUUGAGCCUCUACCUUUUGUCAAUGAUAAACAUGGAGGUAUCAUUGUUGAGAUGACGACUCCGAUGGAUCCUGAAGUGUUUUCAGCUUCCUUGAAAGCAUCGUUGGCGAAAUGGAGGGAGCAGGGAAUAAGAGGUGUCUGGAUAAAAUUGCCCAUCACGCUUUCCAACCUUAUUCCACCAGCAGUAGAGGAAGGAUUCUGGUACCAUCAUGCAGAGGAAACUUACUUAAUGCUUGCAUACUGGCUUCCAAACACAACACAUACGUUACCAGUAAAUGCAACCCAUCGUGUGGGGGUUGGAGCUUUUGUAAUGAAUGACAAAAGAGAGGUCUUGGCUGUCCAAGAAAAGAGCGGUGUACUUCGAGGCCUAGGUGUAUGGAAAUUUCCAACUGGAGUAGUUGAGCCAGGGGAAGAUAUAAACAUUGGAGCCGUAAGAGAAGUAAAAGAAGAGACAGGGAUUGAUGCAGAAUUUGUUGAAGUGCUGGCCUUCAGGCAGAGCCACAAAGCUUUUUUUGAUAAAUCGGAUCUGUUUUUUGUAUGCCUGUUACGACCACUUUCAUUUGAUAUUACUAAGCAAGACUCAGAAAUUGAGGCGUGCCAGUGGAUGCCAAUAGAGGAAUUUGCUGCACAACCGUUUGUCCAGAAACAUGAGCUCGUGAAGUACAUUCUUGAGGUCAGUUUGGCCAAGGUCGACAAAGAAUAUGCUGGAUUCUCACCAAUCCUCAUAAAAUCAGCAUUCACGGACAGACAAUCCUUCUUUUACUUGAACCGGAGGGACCUGGACAAAGCCUCAGGAUCCAGUAAUAUGUAAUACACAACAAGAUUGUUGAAAUCUCACUUGAUAUUGGAAUGGGGCUGAAGCUUCAUACUGGAUUAUGUUGUUCACCAAUUGGUAGCUUGGGCACCUGAUUUUGACCGUAUGUUGUCUCCCACACGUCUAUGAUUCAAAGGAUACACAGCUGUGCAAAAGUACAGAGAAAUUGUUGUACUUAUGAAUUUGUAUUGGUAGGCUUACAAAUAAUGCAAACAUCGUUGAACUAGACCA